UGUUCUUGUCGUGGACAACUGCACAACUACGGGUCCAAUCGCUUCCCAGCGUGAGGCAAGGCGACACGCCCACAACUCCAAUAGACGCGAACGCAGACGACACAGAGCACGACGCGCUGUUCGCAUGACCUCGUCGGCCCUGCUCAUGCCGCUGUACCAGCAGUUGGUGACCAACAUGGCGGCCAUCGUGUCCGCGGCCAUGUUCAGGGUGACGGAGAUACUAGGGUCCGAGGAGCUACUCGUCGGGCUGUGCGCGCUCCGGCCCGUGCACAUGUCCUUGGCCGCAUUAGCCCUGGCUGCGGCGGCCGCCGUCUACCUCAAGCUCCGGCCGCGCCCGGUGUACAUGGUGGACUACGCGUGCUUCAGCCCCGACCCCAGCUUCCGUGUCCCGUUCGCCGCGUUCAAGGAGCACGCCAGCACGUGCCUUGACGAGCGCAGCGUCCGGUUCAUGGCGCGAUUGCUCGAGCGUUCGGGACUCGGGGAGGAGACCUGCCUCCCCCACGCCCAGCACUACAUCCCGCCGGGCUGCGACCUCGAGUCUUCCCGCGCCGAGGCCGAGCUGGUCGUCUUCUCGGCCAUCGACGACCUGUUCGCCAAGACCAAGGUCUCCCCGGAGGACAUCGACAUCCUCGUCGUCAACUGCAGCCUCUUCGCCCCGACGCCGUCUUUCGCCGACAUGAUCGUCAGCCGGUACAAGCUCCGCGAGGACGUGCGCAGCGUGCACCUAGCCGGGAUGGGCUGCAGCGCCGGGCUCAUCUCCGUGGGGCUCGCCAGGAACCUGCUCCAGGUGGCGCCCGGGGGCUCGAACACGCUGGUGGUGUCCACCGAGACCAUCACGCCCAACUACUACAUGGGCAAGGAGCGCGCCAUGCUCCUUCCCAACUGCCUGUUCCGGAUGGGCGGCGCCGCCGUGCUCCUGUCCAACAGCGGCCGCAACGCGCGGUUCCGGCUCGCGCGCGUGGUGCGAACGCUGACCGGCGCCAAGGACGGCGCGUACCGGUGCGUGUACCAGGAGGAGGACGAGCGCGGCAACGUCGGGAUCAACCUGUCCAAGGACCUGAUGGUCACCGCCGGCGACGCGCUCAGGGCGAACAUCACGGCCAUGGGGCCCCUGGUCCUGCCGGCGUCGGAGAAGCUGCUGUUCGCGCUGACCUACGUGGCGCGCAGGGUGGUGAGCAGCAGGUGGAUCAGGCCGUACAUCCCCGACUUCCGCACGGCGUUCGAGCACUUCUGCAUCCACGCGGGCGGGCGCGCGGUGAUCGACGAGCUCCAGCGCAGCCUCAGGCUGUCGGACGAGCAGGUGGAGGCGUCGAGGAUGACGCUGCACCGGUUCGGCAACACGUCCAGCAGCUCGCUGUGGUACGAGCUUGCAUACAUCGAAGCCAAGGGACGCAUGCGCAAGGGCGACCGUGUGUGGAUGAUCGGCUUCGGCUCCGGGUUCAAGUGCAACAGCGCCGCCUGGGAGUGCAUUCGCCCGCCGGCGGCGCUCGACGGGCCCUGGGCCGCCUGCGCCCACCGGUACCCCGUCGACGUCCCCGACGUGAUCAAGCAUUAGUAAAGCCGCAUGCGCAUUCGAUCCUACACACGGGCAGCCACUGCUUAGAUUACUAGGCCUUGCACCAUAAGUAGUUGCUUGCUUGCCCGAUUCGCUCACUAAAGGACUAUCAGUCUUAUUUUUUCGUCAUCAUGUAACCGGCAUGAGAUUGUUAAGCCUCCUCAUCCUGGAAUUAAUUAUG